CUGAGUUCCUUUUGGGACUUGGGGUUACCGAAAGGUUAGUUUCUCUAUACUGGAACUGAUACUGACAGUCUCUCGGUAGGCAACCUUUAUCUCGCAUCCUUCGUCACCAAAGUCAAAAAGCGCAAUUCGGACAAUAUGGACUCCCGUCGUCAAAACGCCCUGGCCUGCGGUCUUCCAAAAACCCCCGCUGAAUGGAGGCAGAAAGCCGCGAGAGAAGUCAUACAAGCGCCUCCACCCUCAGACCAAUAUGACAGAAGGCAGCCUGUCGACGCUCCUAGCCUUCACGUGGGAGAAAAGGCCAUUGAUGUGCCGCUUGUGAAUCUCAGCGGCUGGAAUCCAGGAUCAAAGAUACAAUUCUCCCAUUUCCUGACGACAAGAACACUGGUAGAGAUGGCGAAUGAUCCAAGAGAUAUCAAGGCCCCAGAAAACUACACAGACUUCCAUCUGACGCAGGAAAUUUGUAGGGAAGCCAAUCGUUGGCUUAUCGGAUAUGGGGAUUGGAAUGUAUAUCUUCGUGAUAUAAAGGACACUGAGGAUAGGAUCCCCGAACCAGGGGAAUCUCGCGAAUUAGGGGAAUUUGGGAACGUACGGUAUCGCCAACUACUAGCACAACUGCUCCCGAAUGAUGAGCAAGAUUCAGCGCCAGCAGAACGUGAAUCCAACAGAGUCCCAUAUUUCUCAAGAAUAAUCCCUGCUGGUGACGAAGGAAUUGUUGACAUUGGUCUGGUUAAUUUCGUUGUGGCCUUGACGAAAAGCUGUCAGCACGUUGGUCUUGACUGGCGUUGUGCACGGGGGCUUGUCCAUAUCCAGGUUGGACACGCACACCUUACGGCACAAAACGAUGGACGGCUGCAUCCAAGAGAGCAUAACGAUACCUAUGCCUUGUUGAAAGUCAAGCCAUUCAGGUUGGCCGAUAAGCCAGAUUCGACACUGAUGGAGAUAGCCAUUCAACUAUUAUGUUGGAUGAUUAGGGAAGAUUUCCGCGAGGAUCACCCAUACUUCACAAUUUCGGGACACCGCGAGCACACGUAUUUGACCGUUGCGACUUUCGGCCAAGGAUAUCCGAAGUAUAUAUCGGAGGGAGUCGUUGACAAUCAGGAAGACUGCUUCUUGAAGCUCAAGUCCUAUGGACCAUUCAACAUGUAUUCGAGCAAACAUGUAAAGUUCUUCGGACAAUUGGUGUUGAGCUUGGCGAUAGUGUGCAGUGAAGCUUGGAAGGCCAAACAGGCAUCUUCUUCCGUCGGAGCCCAGCCAACUAUUUCGACUUGAUGUUCCAAUAAGGCUAUGCCAGAUCAAGGGCGACCAAGCUGAGAUUUUGAGUUGUCUAGAGAGUCCGAUAGGUUAUGUCCACGGACGACUGAGGGAUGAGUGUAUCUUGUAUUCACGUGUACCUAAUACAAGACCGAGGCCUGUUUAACUGAGAGAAUCUCCUAUUGAUCAACAUGUACAUUCUGAUAUAUGUACAGUUCAUUACUUUUGCGUUUUCGGGGCUUUAUACUGGAGAAACAAUGACAUAUUCGACUGGAUAUCACUUUGAAAAUGCCAAACAAUCUGAUCUUCUCUGCAUUAUAUAAAAGUCAGAGGUUACUGAUUAC